AGUUGUUUUCUACUACCGCGAAGUAGAUUUUUGGAAUUCGGAAAACUUGUAUUUGUAUUUUGUACUCUUUUUAAGCAUGAGGUUUAAUUAAAAAAGGAUACGUUUUUAGGGACUGAUUAAUAAAAAAGAUGUGAUGCAUGGUUGAAAGGGUUAUAGCAUAGCGCCUUUCAAAGUACUCGCAUACAGCCCCGUUCAUACUGUGUUCAACUCCUGAGAAAUAUUCGCAGCGAAAAUGUAGCUGUGACGUAAAAAUCCGUAAUCGCCUUCGCACUCGUAGGAAAUAUGAACUGGGCUGACAAUAAAAGAAUGGUCGAGUAUUGUAGGGGUAAUGAUUUGUACUUGUACUUAUAAUGAAAUCAGAUACUUGGAACGGUUAUCCGGUAAAUAAAAUGGCUUUUAACAUCUGUCCAGAACCCCAAAGGACCAAUGGAAUGGCCCACUGCGUGCUAUAAAAGAAGUUGGAUUGGGUGGUUUAGGUCGCUUGUUGUUGGUUGGUCGACGGGUUAACUGUCUUGUUUUCUUCUUCUCUCGCACAAAAAGUAAACUUGAUAUCUAUAAAAAAUGUCUUGUAGAUUUUUGUAUCUACUUUGUGUGCUUCUGUCACCUUUGCUUUCAUUGCGAAGUGUGCACGCGUUUGGAAAUCGAGAGCGCGGUUCGAGAGGGGUAGUUGGGCGUGGACAACCGGCCGAUUGGACCGACAACAUCGCCGUCACCGAGCCCGUGGUGGAGUCGAAGCACCAAGGUACCGUCGGGCACAGUAUUGAAGAUCGGAGCCCUCCAGUUCAAGAUUCCGGGGUCUCAGAAGAUGAGACCAUAACCGAGCAAGUAGAGAUCCUUGCGGGGGAACGACCACCAGGACACGGUGGUGAAACCUCACCCGACUUCAAUCCAUCUUCAACCACGGGCCUUUUGCGUUCCGUUCGAAGAACUUCGGAGACGCUUUUAGCGAAGAAUCAGUCUGAGAAUCAUGAGAUCACAGAGGAGGCAUUGCAUCUUGAUACUGUUGAGUCCAUCAUCAGUGCUAGCAACAAGGAAGGGAAAGCUGACUACAGUGUCAAGCGAGGGGAGAGGGCAAAGCUGGCGAGCAAGACCACAGAGGGUGAGACGCAGAGCAGAAAGUUACCCGUCCAACGGCGCGACAAACGGUCGAUCUUGACCAUACCAGGGACGCUGUGGUGCGGACCGGGCAGUGAGGCCGAACAGUACGAGAAUCUUGGGGAGGAUAAGGCCGCGGAUUAUUGCUGCCGGGAGCAUGACCACUGCCCCAACAUGAUCGAGAGGUGGGCUUCCAAAUACGGCAUCUUCAACCAUCGGCUGUACUCUAUCAGUGACUGUGAGUGCGAUAAAAGAUUAUACAAAUGUCUCCAAGAUGCUGGGACCCCAAAGGCCAAGGUCGUCUCCAAAUGGUUCUUCAAUCUUCUAGGUCUCUCGUGCUUUGAACUCAGUCAAUCCACCGGCUGUGUGGAGUACGGCUGGUUCGGUAGCUGUCGCCGCUACGGAUUGGUCCGUUCGGCAAAGAUCACCACUGCUAAGCCAAUCAAAAUCCAGGACACAGCAAAGAACGUCACAACCACUGAAAUGACUUUGACGGAUGCAGCAACUUCGUCUGAUGCAACUUCGGUUGAUGUUUCUAGUUUAGGUUCGGAAUAUAUUGGUGCAGUUAGUAGCGUUGAUUAAUUGUAAAAAUCCACACAACCUUAGUGGGUAAAUAGAUCCCCUUGCGUAGGCGAAUACGCUAUAGCACGGUGAAUACACGUGCUGAUUUCUAGCUGUCCAAUGAUUAAGCUUAGAGGCUCGAAUGACGUCAAUAACCUGCCUCUACGUCAGGAUCCUUUCAAAUGGACCUUUGACCUCGCAUCUCACGUGGAGAUUCGCAAUCAAAUCCUACAAUGUUAUGUUUGUACAUAACAACUUAUUGCAUUACGCAAGUGUACAAUGCACUAUGCUGCAGUGCUUUUAGGCGACCGAGUGCAGCCGACAAACAUCGACUCGGACCAAUCAAAUCGUAAAUAUGGAAAGCUUGUUUACGUCACUGCACGUUUAUCCAAUGAAAUUAGUGUAUCCAAUGAAAUCAUUGGUUUUGUGAAUCCAGUGCCUGUCUGCGGAUAAAUACAGCGGGCGCUUUUUUAUAUAGUGUGGCGUCAUACGCAAGGGGGUCUAUUGGACCUAGACUUGAUUCAAGUCCCGUUCUCGUGCGGGAGGUCCAUAAGCAUACCCGCCGCCGUCAAAAUGUAGAUAUUGCGGUCCCGCCUGCGGAACAGGUUGGGGAAUGCAGAAUACCACCACGGGAUUGGGACUUGAGUCAAGUCUAGUGUGGACCCAAAAUGGAUCUUUAUCAGGUACAAUGCAAAUCAAAUGCAAGAAUUUAAUAUAAUAAAACAUUUUCAGGUCACAUAAGCAAGUACAAUGCAAGUGCUUAUAAUUAUAUUCGUAAGCAAGUACAAUGCAACAUUUUAAAAACAUUAAAUAAUUGCGGGUUACUAUUUGAACCGACCAGCAAUUCCUAAUGCAAAAAAAGAUUAUUGUCUUGUGUUUAUAAAAGGUUGUUUACAUCUCGUAGGGUGGUUUUUAAUGUGUUGGAAUUUUUUAUUUAGUACCGAGUUGGCUCCAAAGAUAGUGCAGCAUUAUCCAUCACGUGUAAUGCCCCUUAUUUUUGACCGCGCGGGGGCGCUAUAAAUAGUAUUUUGAUCACUUCCGGGGGUACACGCGAUU